AAUUUGAAUUUUGGCGCCAUUCUGCUUCAUUUAAUUCCACUUAAAUUUAAUUACAAUUAUAUUAUUUAAGAGAACAUGAAUUUGAGGAAGAGACAGCGUAUCUCUUACUACGAACCGGACGAGCCAAACCUGGACGAGUACAUAUUUUGCGAUAGCUGUAGAGAUUACGUUUACGAAUACUGUUCGGUCCACGGACCUCUGCUGGUGAUACCGGACGACAAGGUACCUAUCAAACAUGAUUUCCCAUCAUUUGUUCCCCGAGCCGCCCUCACCAUUCCCCAUGUGUUCCUGCAUCUAGCUCCUUCCAUCAUUCCAGGUGCUGGUCUAGGCGUGUUCAGUACCCUGACUCUGCCCCAGGGCGUCCAGUUUGGUCCGUACCGCGGGCAGCGGACCGACCAGGUCGACUCCAUGUACUGCUGGCAGAUAUACGACAGCAACAACAAGCCGUCCCACGUGGUGGACGCCGCCGAUCCGAACCGUUCUAACUGGAUGCGGUACGUGAACUGCGCCAGACGCUGGACCGAACAGAAUCUGGUGGCGUUCCAGUAUCAAGGGCAGCUGUAUUACAGAACGAUAAAAAUAAUACCUCGCUUCACUGAGCUCAUGGUGUUCUAUGGUGGUGCAUUCGCGAACAUUCUUCACAUUAACCUCAGCAAAUACAACGCGCCCACAAAUUACGCUCAGAAAUUCGGCGCGUCACCUCCAAAAAAAGUUAAAGGAUCAAAAAAAUUAGAAAUAGCAGAAAGAACAAAUAGAAAAUCCCAGCAGACGGAAAUUUUUAUUCCUGUGGAUAUCAAGGAAAAGCUAAGUGUUGCAGUUGAAAAAAAAGUUUCCGAAAAUAUGAAUUUGAACAAUAAUUCAAUAAAAUCAAUUCAAAAUUAUAAAAAUAAAUCAAAAACCCUACAUGAUUCAGUUAGUUAUAAUGACGACAAUAGGAAUUCGAAAGUUGAUAAUAAGUCGCUUACAGAUAAAAAUAAUGAAAUAAAUCACGAAUCUAAAUUUGCGGAUAAAACGAAAUCUGACCUGAAUAACAAAAAUGUAAAAGUUGAGAAUAACGUGAAUAGGGAAAUAUUUAUAUGUGAUAUUUGCAAUUUUAAAAUAGCUGAACGCUGCAUGAUAGAGACACAUAUGACGCUUCAUAAUAAGGGUUAUGUUUGUAAAGUACGUGAUAAAAAAAAUACAGAAAAAACCGGCUUAAAAAUACAUCUAAAUAAACCUUACAGUUGUGACGUGUGUGAUAAAAGUUUUACAUAUAAAAGUGACUUAGAGAGACAUCUAAGAAUACACACCGGAGAAAAAAAACCUUACAGUUGUGACGUGUGUGAUAAAAGUUUUACACAAAAUGGUCAUUUGAAGGAACAUCUAAGAAUACAUACCGGAGAAAAACCUUACAGUUGUGAAGUAUGUGAUAAAAGUUUUACACGAAAAAGUAACUUUGAGAGACAUCUAAGAAUACAUACCGGAGAAAAAAAACCUUACAGUUGUGACGUGUGUGAUAAAAGUUUUACACAAAAUGGUCAUUUGAAGGAACAUCUAAGAAUACAUACCGGAGAAAAACCUUACAGUUGUGACGUGUGUGAUAAAAGUUUUACACGUAAAACUUCCUUGAACAUACAUCUAAGAAUACAUACCGGAGAAAAACCUCCCAGUUGUGAGGUGUGUGAUAAAAGUUUUACACAAAAAGGUUAUUUGAAGGAACAUCUAAGAAUACAUACCGGAGAAAAACCUUACAGUUGUGAAGUGUGUGAUAAAAGUUUUACACAUAAAAGUAACUUAAAGGGACAUCUAAGAAUACAUACCGGAGAAAAACCUUACACUUGUGAAGUGUGUGAUAAAAGUUUUACACAUAAAAUUUCCUUGAACAUACAUCUAAGAAUACAUACCGGAGAAAAAAAACCUUACAGUUGUGAGGUGUGUGAUAAAAGUUUUACACAAAAAAAUACCUUAAAGAGACAUGUAAAAAUACAUACCGGAGAAAAACCUUACAGUCGUGACGUGUGUGACAAAAGUUUUACCCGCAAAGGCAUCUUAAAAAAUCAUCUCGGAACACAUCAAAAGAAAACCAUGUAACUGAAUAGACGAUUCAAAGCUUCGCUAAGAUUAAAUUUUAUAAGAACACCAGAACCAGACUGCGCAGUGUAUAAGGAAUAUAGCAGCAGACAUCAAAAGAUCUGAAUACUUUUCCCUACCACCAAAGGAUUUUGGCAAAUUAAAUUAUCAAAAAGAACACAAAAGAUACUGACAUUUUCUACACCAUGGGGAAGAUAUUCAUUCAAAAGACUUCCAUUCGGACUAUCGUCAGCCCCUGAAAUUUUUCAAGAAAUCUUGAACAUCUUGUAAUAUUCGUUUACGCAUUCCAUUGCAAAAUGGGCUAUCGUUUAACAAUUCUUUGGUUGUUUGAAUAGGAAAAAUCGCUAUUUUGGUUUACUUUAAAAAUGUUAGCACGCAAAUUAGGCUAGGUUGUGCUUCUCGGGCGAUAGGUACAGCGUCAGUGGCCUCAUAGCUAAGCAGACCAGUUGUCUCGUUUAAAAUGAUGCGACACUACCAAGGCUGUAAUAUACUAAAGACUAUUAAUAUUUAUAUCCUACUAGCUGACCCGGUAGACUUCGUAGUGCCUCAAUCGAUAAAUAAAAUACCUUAACUUUUGUAUAAAAAAAUAAACUUAAAACAAACAAAAGGAAUCGGUCCGACGGGCAACACAUCAGAGGAUAAACAAAAUUUAUUGAAUUCUGAGCUUUUUCAUAUUUAUCUACCUUUUAAACCUUCUCAGGACUUCCACAAAUAAUUCAAGUAAAGGCCUCCUCCAAUGAUAACCACUUCUCUCUAUCCUAUGCUAAUUGCCACCACUCUGGGCCGGCUGCUUUUUUUAUUUCGUUCUCCCAGCGUGUCGAGGGCAUUCCUCUCUUGCUUUUUAUUUGAGGUCCUCUCCUUGAGGUGGUUCUGUAGGUCCAUCUUUUAUCUCUUAGCCUCACUAUAUGACCGGCCCAUUUCCGCCUUAGCUUUUGGGCGUAGCUUAAGGCAUUAUUAGCUUUUGUUAUUUCUCUUAUCUUUACGUGUCUGAUCUUAUCUAGUUUUUUAUUCUGAGCAUGUUUCUCUCCAUUCCUCGUUGACAAGAUGUUAUUUUUUGCUAACUUUUUACGUAAAUUUCCAUGUUUGACAUCCAUAUGUCAAUAAAGCAGCGAUAAUAUUACAAAUAAAAAAAAUAUUACGUACCACCACCAGUUUGUUGUCAGAAGGCAAAUCUAAAUAAGAACUUGUCUUUUAAUAUCACCACCGUCCAGUCUAUUUAUGCCGCGUAUAUAAAUGACACUAUUAGCAAAUCCCAACCCUUCUGGCUGAGCUUUCACUCGCCCUGGCGAAACCUCCAAGGAACUCCUGGAAAAGCCUUCAAGCCACAAGUAAUGCUUAUUUCCACAAAAAAAAAAAAAAAUUGUUGUUUGUGAGUCCGCGCGGGUCGGUACCACCACCCUGCCUAUUUCUGCCGUGAAGCAGUAAUGCGUUUCGGUUUGAAGGGUGGGGCAGCCGUUGUAACUUGAGACCUUAGAACUUAUAUCUCAAGGUGACGUUGUGGAUGUCAAUGGGCUCCAGUAACCACUCUGUUUAUAAUUCUAUUUUUUAGGCAUUUUCAAAUUUGCCGAAUGUUUCUUGAUCUUUUUAAUAUCCGUUACUGGUAAAUAAGUUAUUUUCCAUUAAUGUAUUGUUUAAUAAAAAUGUUUUUUGCCUUUUUGUAUUAUCGUUUUUUUUUGUGUCUCAGCCAUAUCUCGGCAUUAUGGGAAUACAUUGUAGUUUUAACUAUUUUUUAAAUGUAUUUAUUACGAAUUCGAUCAUUUCCUUUUUAUUUUUAGAAUUUUUACAACAAUUUCAAAGUACUUAAAAUAUUGUAAUGUUAGAUUAAUUACAUUUUACGUACCUCGAACACUUUUAAUUGUUUCCCUAACUUGACAGUAUCUAGGUUUUUUUUUCGUUACGACAUACUUAAGAAUAAUAUGGUUUUGAUUUUUUAUUUUAUUAAACAAAUUUAUUGUAAGUAACAAUUUUUACAGUUGAUUUUUAGUUUAAGAAAUUUGUAUAACUAGAUAUAUUUAGUAAUAAAUUUAUUACGCUUC